GUUUAAACAAGCCAUUUAUUUUUAUUGUGCAUACCUACAACGAAAAAAUAUGAGGGUUAACGAUUUUCAGAGAAAACCACAUCCUAAGGAUUCUGCAGGAUUGAUUUCAUCAUUUACUUUAUGGUUCCUAGUACCCUUACUAAGAAAGGCCUUCAAGAAAGACUUGCUCGAAAAAGACUUACCUGAAGUUCCAAAAUUUCUAAAGACGAAAAAAUGUGGGGAUAAUAUGACAAAAAUUUAUAAAAAUGUUGAAGGAAAGGUCAACAAACCAUCGAUUUUGUAUGUAAUAUGGUCGAAAUACAAGUACUAUUAUUUAAUUUACUUAUUGACUCCCUAUUUGGGCAUAAAAGCGUUCAGAAGCAUAUUUCAACCACAUUUAAUAAGCAAAUUCAUAUCAUACUUCAAGGAAGACCAACAUGACAUAACUUUCGAAGAAGGUUUAAAUUAUAGUAUAAAGUUAAUUAUGCUAGAAGUAUUUUACCAAUUUAUAAUGGGAUACUACAACUUACACUCUACCAAUUUUGCUGUCAAAAUGAGGGUGUCGUUGUCAUCGAUGAUUUUUAGAAAAAUAUUACGCCUAAAAAACUCAUCCCUAUUAAAAGCAGGCGAGGGUAACGUUAUAUCUCUUCUAACCAAGGAUGUUGCAAUAUUUGAAAAAGGCUUGAAAGCCAGCGCUGAUUGGUUCGUAUCCAUAAUACAGCUCUUACUUACGUGCGUUUUAUUGUACUUAAAAACGGGGCCUAUAAGUUUACUGGGAAUAUCAUUUUUAUUUCUUGUGUUGAGUUUGGAAAUAUGCAUUGGGAAAUACAUUUCUUACAUUAGAGUUAUUAUUGAUAAUAAAACAGGGGAGAGGAUAAAGGCGACAAAGGAAACGUUGGCGUCAUUGAAGGUGAUUAAAAUGCUGUCAUGGGAGAAUUUUUUCCUGAAGAAAAUUGCUCAACUUAGAAGAGUCGAAGUAAAUAGCAUGCUAAAAGAUGCCUACGCCAAGUCGAUGAUUGUUGUGCUGGGGUCCCUAUGUCCAGACAUGAUGAUUUACAUAUUUGUCAUGUCAUUUGUUUAUAUGAAUGUCAGUCUAGAUGUUGAAGUGAUUUUCUACAUUAUUAAUUGUGUCAGAUCUAUGAAAAUACUUAUAAGCUUCCUUAUACCUUUAAGUUUAGGAUUUUUGGCCGACCUAAAAGGAAGCUUGUUUAGAUUAAACAACUUUUUACAGUUGGAUGAAAUUGAGGAGAAAUUUGAUAAAUUUACCGACAGUCCAAAAGUGCUAUUACAAAAUUUUUCUGUAAACAUUUGUGAUAAGGCGAUAAUAAAGAACGUUUCCUUGAAUUUUCAUAAAGGAAUUACCAGCAUUAUGGGUCCAUAUGGUUCGGGAAAAACAUCGUUUCUACUGUCAAUUUUACGGGAAUACCCUCACGAGGGCUUUUUGAUACGAAAAGGUCGAAUAUCCUACGCGAGUCAAAAUCCUUGGUUAUUCCCAGGCAGCAUUAAAAACAACAUAUUAUUUGGAGAGCAAUACGAUUCCAAAAAAUACCACGAUACGCUAAAAAUUUGUCAGCUUAAAAACGAUAUAAAAAGUUUCGAUAAUUUUGACAAUAUGAAUGUUGUUAAUGGUGGGUUAAAUUUGAGCAAAGGCCAGCAGGCUAGAAUCGGUUUGGCUAGAGCGAUAUACAAGGAUAGCGAAAUUUAUUUGAUUGAUGAUUGUUUGGCAUCUUUGGAUAGCAAGAUACAGGGCGAUAUUGUCAGUGGUUUGGUGGAUUUUUUUAAAGGCAAAAUUUGCAUUAUUGUUACACAAAACAAUGAGUUAAUCAGGAGAUCAGAUAAAACCUUGUUGGUUAAAGAUGGUGAAGUUAAUUAUGUGGAACCUGAAUCGGUUGAUGAUGAUAUUUUGAAGUUGUCUUCAAGAUCAAAGAGUGAGGAAAAUUUUGAGGAUAAUGAUGAUGAUUAUGCGGAAGAUUCCAAGUUACUUGAAGAAGGGAAUAUAUACGACGAAGUUCAGAAACAAGGGAAUGUUCCUUUGAAAUAUUACUUGAAGUAUAUACAGUUUGGAAGAGGAUACAUCGUAUUAAUUUUGAUAAUCUUCAUUUUUGGCCUUUCCCAAUACGCUGAAAGUAACGCCACAAAAACCCUAACAAAAUGGAUCGAUCUUGAACAAAAUAAAAAAUCAACUACAGCAAACACCACCUUCCUCGACCACGUCACUGAAGAAUCCAGUGAAACAAACCAAUUCUACUCAAUCCUGUUAUUUUCAUCGAUAGGAUUAACGUUGAUCAAGAUAUUUGUAUUCUACGAUUUCACCAAGACUGCUUGCAUAAAAAUUAACAAAGAAUUAACGACGAAAAUUCUAAACAGCACUCUAACUUUCACCGACACCCACUUGUUUGGCAGUAUUUUGAACAGAUUCUCUCAAGAUAUGAACAAUGUUGAUGAGCACAUACCUUCAGUAUUCUUGGAUAUAUUUAGAAUGUUCAGUGCCUUAACUGGUAUUAUUAUCAUUGUGUGUAUGGUGGACAUCAAGUUGCUUAUACCAAUAGGCUGCCUAUUGCUUAUUAUGUUUUUGUUGAGAAAAUUUUAUGUGCCUGCGGCAAGAAGCUUCAUGAGAUUGGAAACUUCGACUAGAAGCGCCUUUAUUGGGCAUCUGAACUCCACCAUAGAAGGGAUAGAAACGAUUCGAGCUCAUAACCAUCAAAAUCUAAAUAAUGCAAUGUUUGAAGACUUUCACGAUUUAUACGCUUCCAGUCACUAUACCAUCAUGUUGUUGCCGUGGUUUUAUUCAUUGUUCAUGACUGUUACAUGUUUGGUUUUUGUUUAUUCAAUUUUAUGGGCAUUUAUGUUUAUACUAAAAGGUAUAUCAGCGGGUAAUAUUGGCUUGGCAUUGAUUCAAUUAUUCUCCAUAAGCAACGCCAUCACAAUGGCGUUUAUGUCCAUUACAAGUGGUGAGGUAGUGAUGACUUCGUUCGAGAGGAUCAUGGAGUAUACUGAACAAAAACAGGAGGAUAAUGAAGGUGUCACGGAUGAAAAUUGGCCGCAAAAAGCCUGCAUUAGUUUUAGAAACGUGAACAUGUCCUAUGAUAAAGUGAAUAUUUUGAGUAACAUAAACCUGGAUGUUGAGGAUGGUGAGAAAGUUGGAAUAAUUGGAAGAACAGGUUCGGGCAAAUCAACCCUAAUAUCACUUAUAAUGCGCUUAUAUCACUACGAAGGUACCAUAUUGAUAGAUAAUAGAGAUAUCAAGACAAUACCGCUAAAUUGCCUACGAAAAAACAUAGAUAUCAUCCCGCAGAACCCCAUAUUGUUUUCGGGAAACAUCAGGGACAACCUGGACCCCUUUAACGAACACACAGACGAAACAAUAUGGGAAACAUUGGAAAAACUAAAAAUCAAAAACUUCGUACAAGACAUAUACUGCGAAAUAGACGCGUCGAAGCUCAGUGCUGGGGAAAAACAAUUGAUCUGCAUGGCAAGAGCUAUGCUAAGAAAAAGCAAAAUAAUUAUAAUGGAUGAAGCCACCGCCAACAUCGAUUCCGAUAUGGGGAUGUUUUUGAAGAACGUUUUGAACGAACAUUUUGCGAAGAGUACCGUUAUCAGUAUAGCGCAUAAAAGCAGUUGCAUCAAGGGGUACGAUAGGUUUUUCCAAAUUGAUUCAGGGCAACUAGCAGAGUGUAAAGUCAA